UCAAGCAAGCGUGAAGCGAAGGACCGUUAAAAAUGGCGACUUUAGGGCUUCCCUUCACUCUAAUGUCAUCUGCUUCUUCCGAAAGAGGGCUCGCUCUCCCACCACGACGCAAGCCAAGCCGUACGUGACCAGCGCCUAGCUCAGCUGCUCGAUCCCCUCUCUCUCUCUCUCUCGUCUUUGCAUUUCCAUCGAGGAGGCUCCGAAAUCGCGAGUGGGUGAAAAGAUGGCCGAGCCUUCCAAGGUGAUUCACAUUCGCAACGUUGGUCAUGAGAUUUCUGAGAACGAUUUGCUUCAGCUAUUUCAGCCAUUUGGAGUCAUUACUAAGCUUGUGAUGCUCCGUGCCAAGAAUCAGGCUCUCCUCCAAAUGCAGGAUGUACCAUCUGCAAUCAAUGCUAUGCAGGUUUACACCAAUGUUCAGCCAACAAUCAGGGGUAGGAAUGUAUAUGUCCAAUUUUCAUCCCAUCAAGAAUUGACUACUGUGGAUCAGAACACUCAGGGUCGAGGAGACGAGCCAAAUCGAAUUCUCUUAGUAACUAUACAUCACAUGCUAUACCCUAUAACGGUGGAAGUGCUGCAUCAAGUGUUUUCUCCUUAUGGAUUUGUAGAGAAGAUUGUCACCUUUCAGAAGUCAGCUGGUUUUCAAGCCCUUAUCCAGUAUCAAUCACAACAGAGUGCUGUUUCAGCUAUAACGGCUCUUCAGGGACGUAAUAUUUAUGAUGGUUGUUGUCAGCUGGAUAUCCAGUACUCUAACCUUGAUGAGUUGCAAGUGAACUUCAACAAUGAACGGUCAAGGGAUUUUACAAAUCCGAAUCUGCCUGCAGAACAGAGAGGCAGAUCAUCACAACAACCUGGAUAUGGUGAUGCUGGCGGUAUGUAUGCUUUUCAAGCUUCUGGAGCCAGUACAGUCGCAUUUCCACAGGUGCCCAAUGCUGCAGCAAUUGCAGCUGCCUUUGCUGGAGGCUUACCCCCUGGAAUUAGUGGCACAAAUGAAAGGUGUACUGUCCUUGUCUCCAAUCUUAAUCCUGAUGGAAUAGAUGAGGACAAGCUUUUCAACCUUUUCUCUCUUUAUGGAAAUAUUGUCAGGGUUAAACUUCUUCGAAAUAAGCCAGAUCAUGCACUUGUUCAGAUGGGUGACGGCUUCCAGGCUGAAUUAGCAGUACACUUUCUAAAGGGGGCGAUGCUUUUUGGGAAGCGAUUGGAGGUUAAUUUCUCAAAGCAUCCGAACAUAACUCCUGGUGCUGAAACACACGAGUAUGGCAAUUCAAAUCUCAACCGCUUCAAUCGUAAUGCGGCAAAGAACUACCGGUACUGUUGCUCGCCUACGAAGAUGAUCCACCUCUCCACUCUUCCCCAGGAGAUUACGGAAGAGGAGAUUGCGACAAUCCUGGAGGAGCACGGCACCAUUGUUAGUACCAAGGUUUUUGAGAUGAAUGGGAAGAAGCAAGCCCUAGUUAUGUUUGAAACGGAGGAGCAAGCCACCGAAGCUCUUGUGUGCAAGCACGCCACCUCUGUGGCUGGGUCGAUAAUCCGAAUUUCCUUCUCUCAGUUGCAAGCUAUAUAAGGGGAAAAUAGCGGUUCGAAGUGAUGAUGAUGAUGUCUGCAUCGGGCUUAGUUUUCUUAGGACCCUUUGUUUAGUGGAUCCGAUAAGGCUUAAUCACGUGAUGAGAAUUUAAUGGCUUCUUGCAUAGAAGGUUGCUCUUUCUGAUGAUGGUUCGGUGGAAUUCUUGUCUCUGCUCUUGUACUUGUACCAGCAUUUCCAUUCCUGUAUUUGUGCCAAUCUCCAACCUCUGUUGAAUUGUACUACUUCGAUUUCAGAUAUUUUCCUAACCUGGCUCUUUUAUUCUUACCUUAAGAUAUUGAAGAGAUUUGCGUACA